UAUUAAGCUGAACAUAGUGAGAGUUUUGUUCCACUGAAACCAUUCAAUAGUGACAUCUCAAACUGUGUCAAAAUGGUGAAAGGUGGAAAACGCUACGAUGGUAUGGAAAAGGAUGGCCAGUGGUUUGCCCAUCCACACUGUUCAAAGUUAGCAUCUCGGGAAGCCUGUACAACUACUGGAGUUAUGCUGAGUGAGGCUAAUAAAUUGUUGCCUCAGGAUCGGUAUGUGAAGCGCUAUCCUAAAUGGAAGAUUCACCAGCAAUCCAGGGAGGAUUAUCCAUUAUCAUGUCAUGACAAUAAGACUGCCUUAAAAUCUAACAUCUCAGUCUUCUCUAAUGGUGUGGGACGAAAGAAGUAUCCUAAUGAUCAAAUUCAGACCACGUCUCAGGUCUGUCUGGCCCACGAUUCAGCUGACGAGCCUAUACACAGCUUCCUUGCAAGGCAAACUGGCUUUACUUCAGUGGACGUCUUUAGUGUACCGACCAAGAGCAGGAGGUUCCCUGAAAACCACAAACUGAGGUCAGAAGAGGCUUUUGAGGAGACAACAGAGAAAUUUAUGUGGUUUGGACGAGACACAUCCCAUGACCCAAUUAGUCUGGAUAUGCUGGCAACUUCCAACCGGUCGACCCCUCGGGGUCCUCACACAUUUAGGUCACGAACAGACGUACGUUGAAAUUGUUUGUGUGGCUGGAAUUAAAGAUUUAAUGAGUUUUAAUUUGAGGACACACAGACCUUCGUAGUAAGUGUUGGUUCAAUAAAACUUCAGAUGGUAGUAAAGAAAAAAAAAUGUA